AUGGCUAUGCACUCCAAGAACGAGGCCUUAAUGUGCAAGGUAUUCCCAUCCAGUUUGGGGCCUGUGGUCAUGAGGUGGUUUGAUGGCUUAGGGGCAAGUUCUAUUAAUUCCUUUAAGGAACUUACUUGGGCGUUUGGAUCUUACUUUAUUACAUGCAACAGGGUUCCUCGGCCCCUAGAUUCCUUGUUGUCAAUGACUAUACGAGAAGGGGAAACCUUGAAAACGGACUCGGAUAGGUACUGGGACAUGUUCAAUGAGAUAGAUGGUGACUUUGAUGAUGUGGCCAUAAGGACUUUCAAGGUCAGCCUACUUGCCGAGCAUGGUUUGAAGAAGUCUUUGACUAGAAAACCUGCUAACAAUGUACGUCAACUCAUGGACCAAAUUGACAAGUAUAAGUGGGUCGAGAAGGAUCAACAACAAGGGAAAGGGAAGGCUAAGGUUAUCUCUCAAGAGAGGAGAGAUUUCAGGUCGGACCAAUACAACAAAAAUUGGCUCCAAAGAGACUUUGCUGGGCAAUCGGGGCCUACCGCUACUCAAAUGGUUAAUACGGUGUUCCGAGAACCAGUACACCAAGUCUUGGAGAAAAUCAAGAAUGAACAAUUCUUUAAAUGGUCAAACAAGAUGGGAGAUGAUCCCAUGAAGCGCAAUCAAAGUCUUCAUUGCCAAUACCACCAAAACCGAGGGCACACCACAGAGGACUAUAGAACCUUGUGGAAUCACCUAAAGCAGCUAGUCCAAGAAGGGAGGCUGAAGUAA